ACUUCAAUUUUUCUUGUGCAGCCUGGCAAUAGUGAAAUACGGGAAAAAAAUUCUAAAUCCAGGCAUAUUUCUUUCCCCCUUCUUCUUCUUUUCUUCUCAACGGCGUCGUAUUUUACCUCAUCGCCUCCGGCCCUCCGCUUUCUACAAUCGCCGCCGCCGCCGUCGUCGAACCUCAGUUUCCUUUUCUGAAUUACAGUUUUCGUAACGGUCAUUCGUAUAUACGUGUAUACAUAUACAUAUAUAUAUAUAUAUGUUCAGUUGUUUUGAUAGAUUAAAGAGAUACAUAGAGCUAUAAUAAUUGGGGGAGGGUUGAAGAAUAAAAUGUCGCCAACGACGGCGGCGAAACAGGCGGAGCUACUCAGACAAGACGGCAACUUGUACUUCAAAAAAGAUCGAUUCGCCGCUGCUAUUGAUGCAUAUACGGAGGCUAUUGUUCUGUGCCCUAAUGUUCCGGUAUAUUGGACAAACCGCGCUCUUUGCCAUCGAAAACGGAAUGAAUGGACAAGAGUAGAGGAGGAUUGCAGGAGAGCGAUAGAGCUUGAUCAUCGUUCUGUAAAGGCCCACUACAUGCUUGGUCUCGCACUGCUACAGAAGAGAGAAUUUGCAGAAGGUGUCAAGGAACUGGAAAAAGCAUUGGACCUUGGAAGAGGUGCAAACCCCAAGGGCUACAUGGUAGAGGAGAUAUGGCAAGAGCUUGCAAGAGCAAAAUACUUAUUAUGGGACAACGAAUCUACCAGACGUUCUUGGGAACUUCAAAACUUAAAAGAAGCCUGUGAAGCAGCUCUGAAAGAGAAAUAUUUCCUUGAUGCUCCUCAAACCGAAGGUUACGUAGAUGAAAACACCGAGUCUAAUCUAGAUCAACUCGAAGCUUUAGAACGAGUAUUCAGCAAAGCCGCUGAAGAUGAUAAUCCAACUGAGGUGCCAGAUUUUUUAUGCUGUAAAAUCACUUUAGACAUCUUUCGUGACCCUGUAAUUACUCCAAGCGGUGUUACAUAUGAAAGAGCUGUAAUCCUCGACCAUCUAGACAAGGUGGGUAAAUUUGAUCCAAUUACCCGUGAGCCACUGUACCCAACUCAGCUGGUAUCGAAUUUGGCUCUAAAAGAGGCUGUGAAAACAUAUCUCGAUGCACAUGGCUGGGCCUAUAAGAUGGAUUGAUGUAGGUUGUUUGUUUAUGGCUAGAACAUCCUUAGGUUCGUUGCAUAUUCUGCUCGAUGCAUACAUAAUUCGACGAUCACAAAAAAAGUGUAGCUAAACGCUAUUGUAACGAAUUGGAGUGUCACAUAUUUUGCCUUUUGAAAUGUAUACAUAGAGUGUUUACAAACCAACUUGUACAGUAUUGUGGCAGAACUGUAAAGAUGAAAAUCUUUUGGAUACUUGUUCUUGUGCUUUUUCGGUUUUUUUUUUUUCCAUUUUUUUUUCUGUGUUGUGAUACUGGUGCCGUUACUCUGUGACUGGUGUUCCCAUCUAAACUUGAAUUGCCAGUGUUUGAACUGUGAAGUGUCCCAAAAACCCGGUUUUAUUUUCGGUUGUAUAGGAGAAAUGUACUUUUGCGA